GAAUCCCCCAAAUCGGAGCCCAAUCCCCUAAACAGACACCACCAUAAACUGCCCAAAUCUCGCCCAUUUCAGCCCACUCUAGCCCACACCGUCAUCUUCUCCCUCUCCCUUCAUCCACCAACGCACCAAAACGCACCAGCGCACCCUACUAAACUCAACUACUACUACUACUCCACCCCCGAUUCUAGUAAGGUAUCACCACGCCUCGACCACAACCACCAUCCAUCAUUACCACACUCAACCCCCCCCACCCUUACUCCCUUUCGAACCUCAAUCCCCCCAAGACCUUUCUCCAACAAACCCGCCUUACCCACUCCUCACAAUCCUCUCUUGAACCUUCUUGGUUGUCUUGGAGUCCUUGGCCGAAAGAUUCAUUAAGCAUCACAACUGUCUCCUCUUGGUCGGUCGCGAGUGCUUUAUACUGACCGCUCUUGCGUCUUUGCCUCCCGGUCCCCUUUACGUCGUGGCGAGGUGACGACAAUCCCAUUGUUCGCAUGCAGCCGCCCUCUUACGUCUCUCCUCCAAGUGCUGGCUAGGGAGCCCACCGCGACCCGUCCUUUGAACAAACAAGGGACUCGAUCUAAACCAGACGAUCCCUUCGUCCUGACCGCAACGGACCAUCGAGUCCAGCCGGCACGCUUCUCGACUCGACCCGAAGGGCCUCGAUUCGGUGACCUCACGACGACCCGCGACGCAUCCUAUGACCCUUCAACGCAUUACGAACCCCUCUGCUACCUCAACUCGACCUGACAUUACUCUACACUCUACGACUACCACAGACACAUAAUUCACAAUGGACCCUAUGGACGGAGUGUACAGAUCGACGAGCCUCGCAGAUCGCCGUGCAUCCAUGGCCAAUUCAGAGGAAGGAACCGCUCCCUCACCCACCCGCAACGUCCUCACCCUCGACACAUUGAGCACCAGAAUGCCGGCCCGAGUCGAGAAGAUCGUGCAGACGAGGCCUCGAGGCCCUCCAACCCCGAACCUCACGACACCCGCCGAACUAGACUCACCUACACACUCGAAUCAUGAUCCGCCGCCGCCGCCAACGCCAGCAGCGAGUCCGGGACCGGACAACAUGAGGCCGGAUUGGAGCGCGGCAGGAGACCAGGAAGACAUAUUCCUCGCGCAGAUCCGACAAUACUUCAAGCAGCGAUCAGGGCCAGAGCGUACGAGGAUACUGGGGGACCUGUUGAACCUGUGCACAAGCCAGCAGCUUAGUUUUGUAUCACAAUAUGUCAGCCCGCUGCUAAAGAAGGACCCCUUCACCAGCCUGCCGGACGAGUUAUGUUUGAGGGUGCUGUCAUUUAUCGACGAUGGGAAGGUCUUGGCCCGAGCGUCACAGGUCUCACGCAGGUGGAGGGAUCUAUUGGCUGACGACAUGACGUGGAAGAACCUCUGUGAGAGACACGAUUACAGGCGCCGACUCUCUGUCCGCGACGACACCAUCGAGCCGAAUAGUCCUAUUCCACCGUUGCCUGUGAGGCCUCAAGCAUAUCCCCUUGUGACGUCCGCGCCGCAACUCUUCGGCGCCAACUACGUCGCCUCAGCCCCGCCUUUCACAUCCCACUCGCGCAGUUUCGAUACUGCGACGGCGCACUCGAAGAUGACGAAGAGGCCGCCCAUCAGAUCGCACAAGUCAUACUUCAAGCAGAGGUACUUGGUUGAGACGGCGUGGAGGGCUGGCGGACAGCAUGUUUCGCGACACAUUACGCAGGAUCAGGGCGUUGUUACCAGCUUACAUCUGACGCCGAAGUACAUUGUCGUCGCACUCGACAAUGCUAAGAUUCACGUUUUCGAUACUGAUGGUGAUAAUCAGAAGACCCUGCAGGGCCAUGUUAUGGGUGUGUGGGCGAUGGUUCCGUGGGGCGAUACACUUGUUAGUGGAGGAUGUGAUCGUGAUGUUCGGGUCUGGGACAUGGCUUCUGGCGAGAGUAGACAUACCCUGAGGGGUCAUACAUCGACUGUGCGAUGUCUGAAGAUGUCCGAUGCCAACACCGCCAUAUCCGGAUCCAGAGACACAACCCUUCGAAUCUGGGACAUCAAAACCGGCCUCUGCAAGAACGUCCUCGUCGGCCACCUCGCCAGCGUCCGAUGUCUCGAGAUCCACGGCGACAUCGUCGUCUCCGGCAGCUACGACACCACCGCCCGCGUCUGGAGCAUCUCCGAAGGCCGCUGUCUCCGCACCCUCAACGGCCACUUCAGCCAGAUCUACGCCAUCGCCUUUGACGGGAAGCGCAUCGCGACAGGCAGCCUCGACACCAGCGUGCGCAUCUGGGAUCCGGAGAAUGGGACCUGUCAGGCUAUACUGCAGGGCCACACGUCGCUUGUGGGACAGCUGCAGAUGCGUGGGAAUACGCUUGUUACGGGCGGAUCGGACGGGUCGGUGAGGGUAUGGUCGCUGGAGAAGAUGGCGCCUAUUCAUCGGCUGGCGGCGCAUGAUAAUAGCGUCACUAGUCUGCAGUUUGAUGAUAAUCGCGUGGUCAGUGGUGGCAGCGACGGACGUGUGAAAGUCUGGGAUCUCAAAACCGGACACCUCGUGCGCGAACUCACCGCCCCCGCUGACGCGGUGUGGCGCGUCGCGUUCGAGGAGGAAAAGUGCGUGGUCAUGGCGAGUCGGUCGAAUAGGACAAUUAUGGAGGUGUGGUCGUUUUCGCCGCCGCUGGAGGCUGCCGGCCAGGAGAGAACGGGGUUUAUGCAUAAUCUCCCCCCGAGACCGUUGAGUGAGACGGGGUAUCGGUUUACGGGGGCGGAUGAGGAUAUGGGGGGGUUGGAGGGGGGGGAUGCGACGACGUAUGCGAGGGAUGAUAUUGAUAUGGAGGACGCGGGGCCUUCGACGGCACCGCCGAGGCCGAGGACGUUUCUUGAUGAUUGA